AUGACUCUACAAUCAGACGACUUCUCGUCGAAUGCCAGCUGUCAAUUAAUUCUCGCACCACCGAUUUUGUCACCGUCGAUCAUCUACGAUAUUAAGUCUAAUCUUUCACUUUUACAUCCAUUUAUUGAUGCUCCAUGUUGUUCUGACUUUUCCUGGAUGCUAGACCGGAUGAAAAGAUCAGGACGCCCGUCGAGUGCUACAGUUCCAAAGCCAACAUUGUUAUCUAUUGAUUCAACGGGCAGGUUUCUUUCGGCAAUGCAAUACAAGAGCAAAUUCUAUCGCUUUCAUCGAACUAAUCUGAGUCUGGAAGGUAUAUAUUCAUUACCGACAGGAUAUGUAUGUGCUAGUUCAAUCUACAAACGAGGUUAUAUUUUUUUUGGAUGCGAUACACCUCCGGCACUAAUGAUUUUCAAGGAAACAAAUUUAACUUCACCCUUGAUGCGAAUAAAUAUGACACAAUGGAUAAGAGGAGUAUCAUUUGCACACAAUGAUACAUUAAUGUUUGUUGCCGUUCAAGAAGGAGAUUAUGGCGUUUAUAUUUAUAAUAUCAUUUGGACACCAAAAAUAUUCGUGUCACUUGCUAAAACGUUUGCACCUAUCGUUGAUCAAAUGUGGACUAUACAUACAGUUAAUGAUAGCUGUGUACUAACAACAUUCUGGAGCAAUAAUGAACCUGUCUAUAAAAUUCAAUCACCUACGACGACGAGCAUGUCAUGUUUCAGAAAUUCCUUGCCGACUACGAAAGUAACGGGAUCGAACUCAUUGGGAGAAGCAGUAACCGAUCCUUGUGGUCGAAUUUGGGUUGUCGUUUAUGGGUUUGGAAUACGUAUCUAUGAUCAAUAA